AUGGAAAUGCUAGGAAUUGUAAUCGGUUAUCCCAGUUUUUACAUAUUUGAAGCUGGUGUUUGUAACACUAUGGAAGCAGUCAUACAGUCAACCAUAAGCGCGCUUGGAUGUUUGGAUGAUGGAGUGUACUAUCCAGAACCUGACUGCUUUGAGAGUAUUCGCGACUUGAUACGUUUUUUGCGCUACGAUAAUUCUGUCGCUUUUGCAAGACGUUUAUAUGGGAAGCACAAUAUAUUACAAAAUGAUCUUGUUCCUUUAAUGAAAGCCAGCUCAACUGCGGAAAAUUUGUUUGACAUUGCUUUGAGGUUGGCUAUCAAUCUAACACAACCAACACCGAUAGCCUUUGGCGGUAAAACUCCAGAAGAUAAGGAUACUUGGUCUGCUUAUCUGGAGGAGUGGUUUGACCGAAAUGAGGAAGCGAAAAUGAUGGCUGAAAGAAUUUUUGUAUUAGUUCGAAACGUAUUGGCUGUAUCUAGGUUUUCGCUGGAUGAAACGAGGACAGCGUGGGGUGUCAACUGUCACGAUAAAGUAGUCCUGGCCUUACUGAAAAGCGGCUUGGGUAACUAUCUAAUAUCUUUAGCCAUAUCAGAAGUUGAUUUUCGACUCUUAAUAAUGGAGAUCAUAGCUUACGUCGUAAAAGAGAGGGCAAGUUCUAAAUGUGCUGAGCCACAUGAUAUUGCAUUCGCUGAUUGCUCGAGAACAGCAGAUGAAAAAGCAAAAGAUGAACAGGAGUUGGAAAAAAGUGUAGCUUUAAGUUUGCAGAAGCAGAUGGAAUUGCGACGUAAUUUAAGCGUACGUCAUAGUAGAUUUGCUGGUUCAUAUGUUGUGAAGGGACUAAAAGCUGUUAAUCAGGCGAAUGAUGUUGUUAUCCAAAAAGCACUAAAAGAUGUUACGAGAUUGGAGUUUAUUGAUAAAAGAAAAGUGGGAAAAAGAAAAGCAAAGAACAGAAGGCCGUUUGAUUAUGGCGAGAAGAAGCAUAUUUCAACGAUUACGGUUCGCACGGAGCUAAAGGCGUUUUGCGUUAACGUUUUGGGAAAAGUUUACAAUACUUUAAUGAAGCACUGCAAAGACGUCGCCUUUGGCGGACGAAGAACGCUCGUUUACAACAGCGCUGACAUACAUUAUUUUUUAAUCCAGUGGUUUUUCAUGGAAUUUCGUCGGUUAUGUGAAUUGCCAAUCGAACUAGUAAAAGGAACUGUUGGUGUGGAUAGCUUCCAUCAUGUGCAAAUACAACUAGAUUCCUAUUUGGAGUCAGCACGGUUCGAAAGGAAAGAGGGUCGGAAGUACGGCAUACGUGCGCAGUAUGCAGUUCUUGCCUAUAAGGAGCUUUUAUCAACUCUAAAUGCUAUGAUGGAGUCAAGUGAUGGCGAACAGAAGGAGGAGGCUCAGAGAAUUUGUGCUCAUAUAAUGCAAGUGGAGGAGUACCGGGAGCUGUCCAGUUCUAUUAUCAGAGGAUAUGCACCUGGGGUUUUUUCAAAAACUUUUCUGCGUUAUCUCGUUUUGGCUAACCACAUCUACAUUCGUUUGUUAGAAAAAUGUGUGAAAGCGGGACGGCUUUGUAAAGUAACGAGACGAAAAAAAGUUACAAAACGCAGGAAGAAAAUAAAGAAAGAAGCCGAUAACUUUUUAGAAGUUUCGACUGAAAAACAGCGAGAUAUUGACCUUGAUGGAACGUGGGAAGAUGUGUCGGAAGAAUUAUCGGAGGUGUUAAUGGGUUAUAUUGAAGUACCAGAUGACGUCAAUCCAAUUGACGUUAUGUUGGAUGUUGACGAUACUUCACACCAACGUUUCGCUAUGCUUACAACGCAACGAGCGCUGCGAGAGCGUCGAGUUUUGGAUGCUGUUGCUAAUUAUCGUGCUGCUCGGUCCGUGUGGCUAAUUGAGGGAUGCUUUGGUGCAGAAGGAAUUUCUGCCGAGGACGAAUUUCUGGAGUUGCAUGCUAUAUUUUUUACGGACCUUUCAGAGGUUGAGAAGGAGUGGAAAGAUGCUUGUUUAGCUGCUUAUGGCACUGAAGACAAGCAUGAGGAAAAAAGUGUAUUUGAUGAUGGUACUGGAGAUAGUGAUGAUUAUUCGGCUGAUAAUGAUGAAGACGAGGAACCGUCCUAUAAGGAAAUGGAGAUCGAGUUUAAUUUUGAUAGUUAUAUGCAAAAGUUUGCAAGGAAAGAUGUCUUGAAGUAUGUGUUCCUUUUGGCUGAAUAUGAAACCAACUCUGUCGAACUAAACAGAGCAAUACUAAAGAUGCUUCAUCGGAUCGCUUUUGAUCUAAAUUCAUGCUCCAGAUUAUUUCAAAAUUUACAAGCUUCGCUGUUUCGGAUUUUUUUACGCAUUGGGGUUCAUUUUCAAAAGAUGGCACCUUCUGAUGUCAGACAGAGUCCGCACUACGAAAUCUAUGAAUUAGGUUACCAUCUGUUGAAAAAAUUUUUCAAAACAUACGAAAGAUUACAGUGGAAGUUAAUUCCUGAAAUACUUUUUUGGAAGGGAGCAAAAGAAUGUUACGAGAUCGAUUACGGAUACGGGGCUUAUGAAGGCAGAAAAAAAAUUGCUGGAAAAGAAGAGAUACUUUGGCCAGAGGAACUGGAUGACGAGCUACGAACUCUGCAUGGCGAAUAUGUUAGUUAUGAAGAUAAACCGGAAGGAAUUGAUGUUGCUGAGUUCAUUGAGCACAACCUUUCCAAGCCACGGACCCGCAAGCAAAUUCUACGGGAAAUGAAAACACUUGGACUAAAUUCAUUUGGUGCUAAGGCUACAACGAAUGCUAGGUUGCGUCAUUCUCGUCCUGCCAAUCUUCCACCAGAUUUAGUGGAACAGAUGAAGCUGUUAGUCACUGAGUAUAAUGAAACUGCUCCCAGCGAUUUGAUUGACUUCGUCCGUAAUCGUAUGCCUAAGGAGUUUAGUCGUCAAAUGAUUAUAAAGCAGCUUCGAUACGAGGGCAUUGAAUAUAAAGCUGUCACGAAAAAAAGCGCUGAUUUCUCUAUUCCUGAUUUUUUAAGUAGGACGAAACCGUGGCCAGAUGAGUUGAUGACUGAACUGCGAGCAAUAUAUCAGCAGUAUAAAGCGCUCGAACACACAUCUGGCAACGCGAGAAAAAAUCAAGUUGAAGUUUCUGCAGCUCAAGAUUCUGAUUCGUUUGGAGAGGAACAAAGCGAAAAUGAAGAAGAAAAACCUUUAGAGAGUAUUAAAACGAUGUCUCGGAUAGCACGAAGUGACAGCGAGGAAUUUGUUGACGAUGGCGAUGAGCAGGAUUUCGUUAGUUCAACGGGCGACGGUGAUACGAAUUCGGAUGUUAUGAGCUUCUCAGCUCAACAUCAAUUUGGAAAUCACGAUGACGAACCUCGCAACUCCUUGGCCGACAGUCCAGCUAACCAGCAAUAUAACAGAGAAGAUAUUCGCGAGUCUGAUUCGCUUAGCGACGUCGAGGAAGAAAUCUUUGUUAGAAAACCCAAGCGAAUCGCACCUGAAAAUUACGAUGAUUAUGACGAUGGGAUAGUUACUACUCCAAAUCGAAAGAGAAAGACAGUAAACCGAUUAAGGAUUCCGUAUACUGCUGGUUUAGUGCCAAUUACAGCUCGGGAGCGAGUAGUCCCAUAA